UCUUCUCAUGUAAGGGAAGAAUUCCUGUAUGUUAGUACUUUGGUACUUAUUGUUGGUACACGCCGCUAUCCCAAACACACACCCACUGCUGCCAGGCACUCAGGAAACACUAUAAACUCAGCAAAGACUUGCUGAGUACCUACCGUUCUUGGCACAGGACACAGUGGUGAAUGAAAUACACAAGCCAACUGUAAAUACUAUGUUCUGAUAAGACAGCUGGGGUGGUAGGUCUGGGAACAGUCCCAGGUGAUCAAGGAAGGCCGGUCAUUGGACGUGACUUUGGAACAGAGCAGUUUCUCCUGUCCAUGGUGGCGGUGCUGGGUAUUGGAGGGCACAGAGAUGGCUGAGGUCCAGGCUUUGACCUUGAAUUCUGCCCUACCCCAAGCCCAAUUUACUUCCCCCUCACAAAAGUUUGGACUUGUGGCCAAAGGUAAGAAUGCUCGAGAACGGGAGAUGCCACCCAGGAGAAUGACCUGGGCACGGAGAUCUACUGGAAACAGUUUUAGAGGUUGAGACUUGAGUUCGGAUCACCCUCACCGACUUUCUCCUGACCUUGGGCAAUGGACAGCUCCACAGCUCCACACUCUGACGGGUAUGGGCCUAGAGCCAGAUCUGGCCUUUCUGCUUCUGGCUCUAACCUUGAGCAAGUUUCUGAAGGCUCUCCCUGCCAUUUCCAUGGCAAGGGGUUAUAACAGCCCUCUUAAGGUGAUGCAGUGUCCAUGUGAGUUAAUAAGAUAAAAAUUACGUGCUGAAUACUCUGAAUGACUUUGCUUUCCUAAUCACCAUUUUACAGAGGAGUAGGUGAGGCUCUCAGAAAAAUUGCUUAGCCCGGGUCACCCAGUCAGGAAGUGCCUUGGGAAGAUAAAUAGUGAUUAUGGGAGGGCAUUUCUAGCCUUAAGAUCCAGCAUAAAAUACUUGGUCCUUGAGGGUGGGUCUUUCUCUGGUGAUCAAAAGGCUGCCUUGUUCUGUCCUCAAGCACAGGAAAUUCCAAGGUAGUUUUCUGUACUAGCUCCCUGUUUCUGUUCGUGGAAGGGGCCCAGGUACCCAAGCAGCCUCAAGAGAAGAUGGAAUUGAAUAUCUCAACCUGUAUGGUUGAGGGGGUGGGGGGUGGCUGGCACUUGGAGUGGCCUGGGCUGCUUUGGGCCUAUCUGGGCAUUUCCCUGGGCAGGCAGCCCUCACCCUAUCCUUGAAAUGGUUCUGGCUGGGUAACAGCCUCUCCAUGUUGUGGGUGAAAUUUGGGACUGAUUAAGGGCGGAGACAGCAUGGAGAACACAGGUUUCCUUGUAUUGCUGGAGAGAGGGAGGGCAUAAGGAAAUUAGAGACCCUAUUUCCCCCUCGAUCACUUUCUUGCUCGGAGUCCAUGAUGGCUGGGUCCCCAGCGUUCCUCGGUGUCAUCAUUCUGCUGUCUGCCUUCUUGGGGCCCAGUGUCGGGGGCCGUGCCAUGCCCAAGCUGGCUGACCGCAAGCUGUGUGCUGAUGAGGAAUGCAGCUACCCUAUCUCCAUGGCUGUGGCCGUUCAGGACUACGUGGCUCCCGACUGCCGUUUCCUGACCAUACACAGGGGCCAAGUCGUGUAUGUCUUCUCCAAGCUGAAGGGCCGAGGGCGGCUCUUCUGGGGAGGCAGUGUUCAGGGAGAUUACUAUGGAGAUUUAGCUGCUCGCCUGGGCUAUUUCCCCAGUAGUGUUGUACGGGAGGACCAGACCCUGAAACCUGGCAAAAUCGAUGUGAAGACAGAUAAAUGGGAUUUCUACUGCCAGUGAGCUCAGUCUACCACUGUCCCUGCUGUUUUUUUUUUUUCUUCCCAGCUUUAUGCAAAUAUACCAGCCAAGUGCAAAA